UCAAUUCAAUUUUUUUUGUGGAAGAAUGGCUCCUACUCAAUUCAUCCAUUGCCAUGAAUGCACAACUCGAGUUGCAUUCUCCGACGACGAAAUCCCUCUUCUUAUGGCACUUGCUCGAAUCUUGUGUAUGAAAUGGGGAGAAGUUAGUUUGUCGAAUGAAGGCACUAAUGAGCAAAAUGUUGAUCAAGAAUUAGGCAUAAAUGAUGAUCAAGAUGGAGAUGCUAAAGAUAUGAGAUUGGAGGAGCUUAUUUGCUGGAAUGAUGUAACAUUGCUUCAUCUUAAUGAACAAGAUGGAGAUGCUAAUGAACAGGUUCCUAGUGAUCAAGAUUUGGGCGCUAAUGACCAAAAUCUUGAUCAAUAUGGAGAUGCUAAUGAUCAAGAUUUGGGCGUUAAUGAGCAAAAUGUUGAUGAAGAUGUAGAUGUUAAUGAUCAAGAUUUGGGCGUUAAUGAGCAAAAUGCUUAUGAAGAUGGAGAUGGUAAUGAAGAGGAUCCUAAUGAACAAGAUUUAGGCGCUAAUGCUGAUCAAGAUGCAGGAGAUGGUAAUAGACGAGAUAUAGAAAAGAAACUGUUCAGGAUGGAGUUAGAAUUGAUCACGAUGAAGGCAGAACUGACGAAGAUGAGGCUGCAACUGAUCACGAUGGAGAUACAACUGCUCGAGACCGAGGGGAUACUGCUCAACUUUCUCAGGACGAAUAAACGUGAUCAAGAUGGAGACGCUACUGAUCAAGAUGAAGGCACAACGAAUCAAGAUAAAGGCACAAUGAAUCAAGAUGGAGAGACAACUGAUCAAGACGCUACUGAUCAAGAUGCUACUGAUGAAGACGCUACUGAUCAAGACGCUACUGAUCAAGAUGCUACUGAUCAAGAUGCUACUGAUGAAGAUGGAGACGCUCCAAUGAACUGAAUGAAGACAUUGAUAUUCUGCUUAUACAAAAUACUAUAAUUCAUAGUUGUGUGAUAUUCUGUUUUCAAUUUCUGUUUUGUGAUAUU